CAGAAGUGAUAUGUUUCUUCUGCUGUUUCUUUUCUCAUCUCUUUUCAUGUAUGGCUCAUCUUUUCUUGCAGAUGGGAAAUUAGUAAAUGUUUGCAGGCAAAAGUUUGGAGCCACUUGCCAAGCUUCAUCAUCUCAUGCAGAUCUGCGUGAUUAUACAUUCAUUUGUACAAAUGCACUUGAACCACAUUGGAUUAACUACCGUGAUUGGGCAUCUCAAUGUGUUUCAAAUUGUAACAAUCAAAAUAUACGAAUUACCUUUGCAUCUAUAUCAGAUAUUGCAGAAAUUUGUAUUGAUCAAAGAUUACAUAGCCCCCCACAUCUAGUUAAAGAAGUUAAGCUGGAUUUCAGCAAUGGUGCCAGCUUUACAGUCCAACUUGAUCAAGUCAAUUUUCAAAAAUGUUUUUUGCUACCUAACGCAACUGGUGAAAACUCUCAAUGGAUUACAGCAACCACUCAGAAAGAUUUUGGUAGUGGGCAGUUAGGAUUGGGAAGUAUCAUGGCAUACGUGUAUAAAGAUUUAGAAGGUGAAGAAGAGAAGCAUUUAACAAACAUAGCUGGUAUAAAUAAAGGGUCAACAUGCACAGCUUCUCACAGUCCCAGUACUUGUACUAAAGCCCUUGAUUAUGAUUUUGCACCAAAUCUUAAAGCAGACUGGAUUACAUCUUGUGUUAUUGUACAAUGUACCAAUAUUAUAUACAAGUUGUUCUUAAAAGAUGGAAUUGCACCAAAAAUGUUAUGUAUUGCUCCAAGAGAAUAUGGAGAAAACACUAUACUGAAAACUGUUAAAAUUGAAUGGAGUUCUGGUCUAAUUCAAAUGCUUAUUUUUCCAAAUUCAAGAUUACGACAAUGUUUUGAUUAUGAAGGAUAUUCCAUUGAAUCAUCUAUAAAUGCCACAAUUAUUGAUACAUAUUCUCAAGCCCCUUAUAACUUAGGUUUUGCUUAUUUUCAACUUUACACAAUUGAAACACCUCUAAAGAAUUUUGAUAUAAUUGGAAACUUAACAUUGUUUUAUUACAUUCCAUCUUACCUCUACAAAACAUUUUAUGGCUUUACCUUUGGGAUAAAUGCUCAAAAUAGUCUUGAAAAUUCAAUUAGUAUAAGUUAUUGGAAUAAAGAUAAAGAACUUUUCACAAUUCAUAUUGAUCAUAAGAAUGGAAAUGACAGAGACACAAUUCUUGAAAUAGAUGAUUCAACUGCUCAUAAGAUUACCACCAAAAUUGCUGAUGAUCAUCUUUUAGCACAUAAUGUUUGGCGAGAGUUUUGGAUUACAAUUAAAAGCAAUCGAUUAGAAUUUGGUAGAGGGAUAGUGUAUGGAAAAAAUCGUCUCUUAUCUUCCUUUUAUCUUUCAAAUCCUCUUUGUAUAACUAGAGUAGGAAUAAAGAAUAAAGAGACCACAGGAAAAGUAUUAUUUGGCGUCUAUGACUUGCUAGGACAAAUGUUCAAAUUUCCAGCCUCGAUUCAAUGUUUAUCUCUUAAUCUAGUCAAUCUCUACGAUUCAAAACCAACAACAUGUAUAAACUUGAGAGAAGAUUUCCAUACAAUCGAGAAAGUUUUCAUGAAUGGCAUCUUUAAGAGAAAAUAUGAUAAGGAGGCUCAUGCUGUUUUAAGAUAUCAAAAUGAAGAUGAAAAAUUUAUCAAAGUAUAUUAUAUAAUUACAGAAAAAGAUUUAAAAGUUUCUAAAGUUUGUCCUUUGAAAACUAUUGGGAAGUCAUUGAACAACAUCAAUAAAUAUUGGUUUGAUUGUAAUGAAAAACUGGAAACUAUCCACAAGAUAACAAUAAAGAUAAUAUUAUCUGAAAAAGUUGAUUCUCUUGAAAUAUGCAAAAUAUAUCCCUAAAUUGACAAAGGGAUCAACACGCAAUAUGUCCAUUAACUGACAGAAAAUGUACAUAAACUGGCAUAGACAUCCAUCAAUUUGACUGAAAAUGAUUUUGAAAUUGAGAGCAUAACUACUAUUAGAGAUUUAAGUUUCUUUACAACAUUCAUAAAUAAAUCAAGGCUAAGUUUAAGAGAAU